AUGCAAGCCGAAGCAUCAUGCGCCGUCUGCGGCGCUCCUCCAUCGAAGAUGUGUCAACAUGAAAAUGAGAUGCUGAAGAGGGCUUUGGAAGAAGCCAGUCAUCGCUGGAUGGCCAGCGUCGAGAUGCAACAGAUAAAGCAUGUUGACUCCAAUAACACAGAUCUCGGUACUGACUCUGACCCUUCCAGACACUGGGCCUUGCGCCACGCUCGCGAGUGGAUCAUGUUCACGUAUAAUCAAAUGGUCGACAUACGGAAACAGCAAUACGAAGCACACCUGGCCACCGUCCCAUACUACGAACUCUACAAGAUCUACUCGGGCCGGCCGCCCAUCUCACAACCACAAAUGCACGAAUUACGCAUGCAAAUGUCAGCAGCACAGGGUGCGUAUCAGCGAGGCAUAGAUGAAGAUUGGAAAAACAGUCUACAACGGUAUCCCGAGGUGUUGAAUUAUUACUUCAACCUUGUCGAUUUCAAGUUACCCGGGGAGAAGAGUGUUGCAGUACUGGAACCUGUGUUCGGCAGGCGCAUCGAUCCUGAGAUGAAGUGGAGAGAGUCCAAGAGGAGGAGAAAGACUGAGAUGCCACCUGGAGGGCCGCCGCAUAUGGCUGGGCCAGGACCUGGUCGGAUACCUCCCUUCAUGGCAGGCAUGCGACAUGGGAGCUUCUGA